GCGGGCAUUUGUCGCAAAACCAUCUCGCCGGAAUAGAGGUUGGCAACGACAAUCCCAAUUGCGGGAGCGCCUCCUCCCUUGCGCCGCGAUAUUGAACGUUGGGUCUUUCCAACCGUGGCCCUUCAAUUAUCGAACACGAUCAUAUGCAUCCCCCCGAGUAGCAGCCUACGUCCUCCGGACCCCGCCACCCAAGAAGCCGUUUGAUCCCGCAGCCUCUCCCUCAGCCUCUCCCUCAGCCCUUUGACACAACUGAAUCAAGGCCGCAACGAUGACUGGAGAAGCGAAUGCAAGUGCGCGGCCCUCCGCGGCUGACGAUAGUCCGCGACAGACCGAGACCGCUUCCACUACCAGCACGCAUGACAGCUACGAUCCUCAACAAAUCAUUGCCAUGGCUCGCCAUCCACCCCCCGGCGCUUCUGUGUACUCGCCCACGGCCGUCCCGUCCGCUGCCCUAAACCCAAGAAGCUGUGUCACAUGUCGGAGGAGAAAGGUCCGCUGCGAUAAACACAUGCCAUGCUCCAAUUGUCGCCGUGCCCAAAUCCCCUGCAUAUUCCCAGCCCCCGGCCGAGCACCGCGACGGCCCCGUCCGAAAGACCCGAAUGCACCGGCAAAACAGCCGUCGAGUGAGCGUGAGCUGGAGCUGAUGAAGCGUUUACGGAAGCUCGAGGGCAUUGUCGAAGAGCUCAGCGGACAAAUUGAGAUUGAGUCAGCACGGCACCCCUACAGCGCCACAAGCUCUCCGGAAGCCGGGACGGCAUACUCAAAAGACGAGCAAGCUAUCGGUGGGCGCUUCGGCCGUCUUGUUACCGCCACUAGCAGCUCGAACCAUGCCUCUUCUGGCGUUGCAUCCGCGAAACUGCCUCCCAGACAGGAUUCGGGGGCCAUAUCUGAGUCGGAUUCCCUUGGAAAGGGCUCGCCCGACGUUCACAAGCAGUUCGGCCGGCUGGUGUUGAACGAGAAAGGAGUCACUCGGUACGUCAGCAGCUCGCUGUGGUCAUCCAUCACUGAUGAGCUGGACGAACUUCGCAAGGCCUCUCAGGAUCUGAGCGACGACGAAUCCGCCGUAUCGGAGGACCAUGCUAGCCCCGAAUCCGCUGAUCACGAUAAAGGCUUCAUGGAUCACCACUCAUUCAUCUUUGGAUACCGCUCGGCCGACGUAGACCUGAAAUCUCUACACCCGUUGCCCUCUCAAAUUCCUUUCAUCUGGCAGGUCUACCAAGAGAAUGUCGACCCUAUCCUCAAGGUAGUCCACGUACCUACCAUGAGCAAAGUCAUCAAGGAGUUUCGACAAAAUCUCGAUAGCCUUAGCCCUUCGAUGGAGGCACUUAUGUUCUCAAUCUACUAUGCCACCAUCUCUUCGCUGGAAGAAGAAGAUGUCAAGUUGAACUUCGGCACAGAGAGGAGCGUCCUGAUUCAGAAAUACCGCUUCGCAGUUGAGCAGGCGCUAGCCAAGGCCGAGUUCCUUACUAAACCCGACUUUGCCGUCGUCCAGGCCUUGAUGCUCUUCCUCGUUCUCGUUCGCCGACACGACGACACUAGGUUCGCGUGGACCCUCACCAGCUUGCUCAUUCGCCUCAGCCAGGCCCUGGGCCUUCAUCGCGACGGAUCCCACUUUCCAAACCUCACGCCCUUCCAAAUCGAGAUGCGCCGACGCCUCUUCUGGGCUGUGUGCGUCUUGGACCUGCGGUCUGCCGAAGAUCAAGGAACCGAUCUCAGCAUUUUGUCGGACACAUUUGACACGCAACUUCCUCUCAACAUCAAUGAUGCCGACAUCUCCCCGGAAAGCACGCAGCUUCCGGAACCGAGAGAGGGUACCACAGACAUGACCUUUUCGCUUAUCCGCUACGAAAUAUGCUCCCUCUCCCGACGACUACACACAGUAUCAUCCGACAUGGCCCCCGCUUGUCGUGGCGAUGCCAAAAAAUCCCUAGCGGAACGUGAAGCUUUGCUCAACGAAGUCGCCAACAAGGUGCAGAAGAAGUUGCUGAAGGGCGGCUCCAACACCAUGUUUUGGGUGGCAUCGAAUGUCACACGGAUUGUGCUGGCCAAGAUGACACUCGUCAUCUACCAACCACUCUUGUUCCCGGGGUCGGGUGACGAGUCACUAUCCGAGGAUGUACGGACACGUUUACUCAACGCCGCCCUGGAUGUUUUCGAGUACAGCCAUAUUCUCAACACCGACCCGCGGUGUAAGCAGUGGCGCUGGUUGUUCCAGACCUGGAUGCAUUGGAAUGCGCUGGCAUACAGCCUGAUUGAAGUCUCGCACCGGCCCUGGGGCCCCAAGGCGGAGCGUCUUUGGGCAGCGCUGAACCUCAACUUUCGGUCGCCCAACCCAGCGGAGCUGGAGAAGCUGGCGAGUCACCAUGCCGUAUGGAUGCCUUUGAGGAAGCUGUAUCUCAAAGUGAAGAAGCACCGUGAGCUUGAAAUCGCCCGGUUGCAGGCAGACCCGCAGGCGGCACAGGAGCUUGCUAUCAAAGACGAGCCAGGGACUCCUCCGAGCACCUUUGGAGCCAUCCCGGGCUCGGUAAAAGGUGCCAUGGCACUGGAUCGCUGGCGGAAGCUGGUUAACCUGCCCCCGCCACCCCCAGAACAAUCACAAUCUCACCAGGAACCGACACCAGGGCCUCCAGCACGAUGCCAAACCGCCCCUCAGGGCACGAUGGGCGCACAUGCGGCUGACACGGCGGGCUAUGCUAAGCCGGAAGUCAUGGAAUACCUCGAUGGGGCCAUGGCUGACCCAGCUUUUAUACCCAUCGAUUUUGCACCCCUCUGGAACACUGCUCAACCCGACGAGGUUGUCCGCGCGGCAUUCAACACUCCCUACCAGCCUUGCAACUUCACACAAAACAGUGGCUCGUUGGGCUUCAACACAAACACGCCGAUGCCCGACCUGCAGCAAAUUGGCCGAACCCCGACCUCGAUGAGCUUACCAGCGCACUUAUCACAACCACAGCAACAACAAACUUCGCAGGGAAUGGUGCAUACGCCUCUUAACAACGAGGAUACCCUGCCACCCUGGCUCUGGCCGACAACUGGGUCACCGGAUAUCCUGAACCUGCCAAAUACGGAGAACGAUGAUGUAGAUAUGAACAUGGACGAUGGGUUUGACUGGCAGACGUGGCAGGAAAACUUGGGACGGUAUGAGGUCGAAGCUAACGGUGGCCGAACUGGGAAUACCUGGGUACCGGGGCUUUAAAUAUCGUCUGUAUGGCAUGCACGGUAGGUGUACUGCAACUGGGUUGUCGUGGCAUGGUUUUGCGAGUAGGCUGGGAUUCCGGUGGGCCGUUAUUAGUUGGACGUUAUGGGAUAAAGGUACCUUAAUAGAGAUACCCAUAAUACAAUAGACGCUUCAUACUCUUAUACGUUUUUUUUGAAUAGGCAUGAGGACCAG